AUGACACUCAAUUCACAGACAGUUCAUUUCACGCUGAGACGCCAGCGAACAACCAUCUUCCUGAACAUUGACGAGGAGAAGACCAUCCUGGAGUUGAAGCAGCUGAUAUCGAAAGCUAUCAAACUCGCGCCCGAAAAAUUCAAACUCUACAGAGAGAACAUGUUGUGGUUAGACAAAGGGCUGGGAGAGAUGAAGAAAAAGUUGAAAGCGGUUGGUUACAGCGGCGGGUCCACGAGACCAGACGAACCUGCCAUCCUAUACCUCUGCUUCCUCACCGGCUACAACAGACAGGGAAGAGCCGUUUACGAAAGUGUGGAUGUUGUGCCGUACAGCCUACCAAGGCAGUCCCGUGCGGCGGCAAGCAGUGUAAUAUCCCAAUCUAACAAAUCCGUUCCCAAAUAG